AUGUGUCGUGAGGCUGGCGGUUGCAGUGGUGGAGAGGAAGGAGGUGGAGGCGGCGACGACGAUGGGUCGACACCAACCGAUCCGUCGUGCAGCAUCAAAGAGACGGCCACUAUCUGCGCUGAAUAUUGUACUGUGACGACCAACGCAGCUGCCACGACAACGACCUCGUGCACGUCGACCACUUGCAUGCCAACCGUGGGCUGCAGUGUGACUGGGACGACAACUAGAACAAUCACCUCGACGAGCAGCGCUGAUUGUCCUUUCGUGACGGACCCUGUCGCCGGCGAGAACCCAUCUGACAACUGCAGACCAUGUGCCUGGGCUUUUGGCUCUGUUUCAGAUGUAGACAUGGAAGGAAAUCUGAGAAUCCGUGAUGGCUUUCAACCUAACUAUGCUACUAUUACGGCGCGGGCAGUAGCUCCUACUCAUGCUGGUCUGGAGAAGAGGGCCCCGGCGAGGACUUCUACUGCCCUUGGAGAUUGCAGAUUCACACCGGGGGCAUCUGUUACUAUCCCAGCCUACAAGGGACCCCAGAACUAUGUCCAGUCAGCCAUCGGCGGAGCACUUCCUGCCUCCCUCUCCAUGUCCAGAUGGUACAGCAAGACGACCGUUGACUGCGCGCCAACAAUCACCAUGAUAUCCGAUGAGCAGGUACAGCCUUUCCUAGGGAAUGACAAGCAGUCACCGACUAUCGAACAUUGCUGGGGUAACUACGACGCGGAUGUUGUCCAGCAAAGUGAGAAUGUUCGCGAGAAAAAAAUUAUAUCGGAAUAUAAACCGUGGAGGGCUUCAGAAGCAAUAAUAAUGAGUCGGAUGGGGCUUCUAGAAAGAAUCGUUCUUGCAUGUGAUAUAUGGACAUCAAGCGCCAUCUUCGGUCCACUUGAUUCAACAAAUUAUAGGAUAUACUCCGCCUUGAAGGACGUUGAUGCCAAUCUAGCGACCACAUAUAGAUACUGGAUGACAAAUGUCAGGAUUCCCGGACAGAUGGAGGCAGGCAGCGAACAAGCUGCACUCUUGAUCACAUCCAUUGAGGAGGGACUCAACCUGGCGACCGGCAAGGCACAGGAAACAGCAGAUGGAGCAGCACGUCUGGAUGAAUACCGCGAGGCUUUGCAGGCUAUACGUGAGAGAUACCACCUUGACGACACGGGGAACGUGUGCAACAAGCCCAUCAAUCUGAAUUGGGAUAGGGCUACUACAGAUGGCGCCCCGAGACCCCCCCCUUGCCCGCCGAGAUUCGUGUCCAUUCCCAAUCACGACCAAGGACCCUGCCAACCCUACUAG